AAUGUGGCCACCACAGUUUCUUGGGGCUUUCAAACAAGUUUUCAUGGCAAUGGUUGGGUGUGCUGGUUGGUUGGCAAUCGAACUGGCUGCCUGCAUGAUUAUGAAAAGCUGCUGGUCUACUGGUUCACCGUUGAAUUCGGUCUCUGCAAGGAACACGGCGAGGUGAAGGCCUACGGUGCCGGUCUCUUGUCCGCCUAUGGUGAACUUUUGCACGCCAUCUCCGACAAGUGUGAACAUCGUCCCUUCGAACCCGCCUCCACCGCUGUCCAACCCUAUCAGGAUCAAGAAUACCAACCCAUCUACUAUGUGGCCGAAAGUUUCGACGAUGCCAAGGACAAAUUCCGCCGCUGGGUGUCCACCAUGUCGCGUCCCUUCGAGGUGCGUUUCAAUCCCCACACCGAACGUGUUGAGAUUUUGGAUAGUGUGGAGAAAUUGGACACCCUGUUGCAUCAAAUGAACACAGAAAUUCUGCACUUGACCAAUGCCAUAAACAAAUUGCGUCGUCCUUUCUAAAUCCAGCCA